AUGGAUAUGCCUUUGGUUUGCUUGUUAUUUCUUAAAUUUUGUAGAAGUUAUAAUCGUAAUAUUUUGCUUUUGCUCAAUCAGAGUGAGUUCUAUUCAUGUGAUGCAACUUAUCGCAACUGGUUAAAGGUUGAGCUAGAGAAUGCAGAAAUUUCACCAGUUGAACUCUCAGAUGAGGAAAAGCAGAAUAAAGUUAUAGCUGCUAGAGAAACUCUUGAUACAUCACUCUUGCUUCUACAACGGAAAGAGAAUCCCUGGUUAGUUCCAACUGAAGAUCACAUCUUGGAAAGUGAUGAGCCUGUGUUCCUCGAGUUGCAUGCUACUGCGAUGCUUUGUUCUUCAUCUGGUGAUUGUUUGGCUCCCGACGCCACCUUGUGCACAACAUUAAUGAGUGCCUUUACUCUUCAGUCAGUGAGGAAGAAGUAUUAAAACGCCAGAUAAUGGUAUGCUAAUUUUUUGUCGAGUCAAAUGCGGAAGUUGUAAUNGAUGUUGUACUGGUCCUCAGAGGACAUGUUCAAUACACGAGCCUCCUCUCUUUCUUGUGGUGUCUAAUUUUUUAUUAUACUUGGACUGCGUCGGUCUAUUUCUCUAUUCAUCAAGAUAUCUAUCAAAGGUGUACAAGGUAUGGUAGCCU